CCUCCAGUAGCUAUUGUUCUCUCUCUUCUUGUGUUAUCCAUAAACCCAGAGACCAAAAGGCAAUGCUCUCUGCCACCGGAGCCACAUUGGCAUGGCGUGCUACGUCACCGUACCACCCAGUCCUCCACCAACCCUCUCCCACCACCGUCACCACCAAAACCUCACCCACAGAACCCACUUGAACCGCCGUUCCGUCCUCCUCUCCACCUCUCUUUCGAUCGCCACCACAACUAUCCCACCCUUCUCAUCUGCCUCACCUGCACCACCCGACACCACCAUCACCGACCGGGUUUUCAUGGACUUCAGCCUCUGCCCCACCUACCUCCGACCCGACCGUACAGUCUCCGACGACCUCUCCACCCUCUGCACAGAAUCCCUUCUUCUGGGCCGCAUCGUCCUCGGCCUCUACGGCCAUGUUGUCCCGCUCACCGUCUCUAACUUCAAAUCCAUGUGUAUUACCUCCAAUGGGUCUUCCUCCUAUAAGGGUACUCUGGUCCACAAAGUCUUUCCCGGCCAAUUCUUACUGGCCGGCCGCCAAGGCGACAAGCCCGGAGAAGUCCGGCGACCCUCGGGGCUGUCUCGCAACACCGAGACCGUUGAAUCCAAGGCCUUCUCGCUAAACCAUUCCAGACCCGGAUUGCUGUCACUCUGUCUCUCUGAAAACGACGAUGAUGACCAAAUUAAGCUCGACCCAGAUUAUCGGAACGUCGAGUUCUUGAUCACCACAGGCCCCAGACCUUGCCCGCAGCUCGAUUUCAAGAACAUAGUGUUCGGCGCGGUUCUUGAAGGUUUAGAUGUUGUUACGGCCAUAGCUUCCAUACCCACAUACAGACCAGCAGAAAGGAUUCGGCAACUAAACGAUUUGGCAGGGUUUUUCGGAGAUGAAAGAGCUCAGAAUGCAAGAGCAACUUGGAACCGACCUCUUAAGACUGUUUAUAUCAGUGACUGUGGAGAGCUCAAAGUUACAAAGCCCUCACUCUCUCCUCCUAGUCUUCCUUGACGCCCAAUUCUUUUUUCUUUUUUUCUUUUUUUCCUCUUUCUCAUUUUCUUUUUUACACUGAUCAAGUAAUGGAAUCGAAAUCUUUUUCUUUACUUUUAAGAUUUUGUAUUGAGUUUAAUUUUAAUGUAUAAAGGAGAAAAAAAAAAAAAAAGAAAUUUGUUUACUUUUCA